AUGGCAUCGAGCCAGCAGCAGCCUCUGUACAGCGAGUACAGCUUCGAUCCUCUGGAGCAUCUUGCUGGAAUUGCACCUUACUUCGAGCCCAAUGACCCUGCGAAGGAUCCUCACCCACCCCAAGGCUGCGAGGUGACCAAGGUCGCCUAUCUCGUGCGCCACGCUGCCAUCAACGCCAACGACUUCGACUACGAAUCCUACCUCGAACCCUUUACGGACAAGCUCAAGAACACCACGGUGGAUUGGUCGAAAAUACCCGAACUGUCGUUCCUCUCCACAUGGACCCCGCCGCAACUCGAAGAACAAGAGCUCGUCACGAGAAGUGGAAAGCUAGAGGCAGCCCAGCUUGGUGUGCAAAUGUCUUUCAGGUACCCGAAGCUGAGACUGCCCAAGCGAGUCUGGGCGAGUACUGCCGAGAGAACAGUCGUCAGCGCGUCCGGUCUCAUUCGUGGGCUCGAGAUGGACGACAAUCAGAUCAACUUGGUGCAGAUCUAUGAGGGGGAGGAGUCUGGCGCAAACAGCUUGACACCAUACAAGGCCUGUCCGGCAUACUCUUCCUCGCGUGGUUCUUCACAGUCUCAGGCUUAUUCGAAGAAGUAUACGGCACCUAUUCUUGCGCGCCUGAAGUCGUAUGCCCCGAACUUUAACUGGACCAUGAGCGAUGUGAUUGGAAUGCAGCAGUGGUGUGGCUAUGAUACCGUUGUUCGUGGCAGCUCCCCAUUCUGCUCUACCACACUCUUCCGCCCAGACGAAUGGUUGCAGUUCGAGUAUUCUCAGGAUCUAAUGUACCACCACAACACGGGUUAUGGAAACGAGCUUUCUGGCACUCUUGGAUAUGGAUGGGUGAAUGCAACGCAGCAGUUGCUCGCCUCCGAGGACGCCGAUGACCAGGAUAUCUACGUCUCUUUCACACAUCGUGAGCUACCGCCAACUGUUAUUGUAGCACUUGGUCUGUUCAAUAAUUCCGAAUUGACUGGCGCCAACGAUGUCAAUGCAACAAUGCCCACUGAUAGGAUCAACUACCACCGCCAAUGGGUCAGCUCGUACAUCCUGCCAUUCUUGACCAAUAUUGCUGUGGAGCGCAUGAACUGUACGGGUUCGUACGGCUACCAGAAUCAGAGUGAUCCGACGUAUUAUCGUGUUCUUGUCAACCGUAGUCCGCAGGUGCUGCCCGAUUGCUUUGAUGGCCCACUAGAGUCGUGCUCGGCCGCUGGAUUCAAGAGCUUCGUGCAAGAAAGAGGGGAAAUGUUUGGAGACUUUGCGGGUGCCUGUGGCGUUGAAUACAGUAAUUCCACUAAUGUUAUGAGCUUCUAUUCAUCGCCGAAUAAUGGAACUAUGGUGGGAAAAAAGCACCGAUAG